AUGAAAGAGCGAGGUGCUAAGGCCGUACACGGCAGGCAGGCAAGGCGGGCAGGGCAGGCAGGUGCAACACUUACAAUAUUUAGUUCUUUCUUCGCCACCCCGCAAUCAUCCCUCCCUCUCCUCUCCUCUUCUCUUCUCUUCCCUUCCCAGUCCUCACAACCCCCCACCAUCACCAAUUCUCAGAGAAUCAAAACCACCUUCACGAUGCAAUCAGUACUUGGAGGUGCAGUCGAGAAAGCUGGCGAGGCCAUCUCGGGAGCCAUUUCAUCCAACAAGAAGAUCUCAGACAUGAAGAAAGACACCAUUGAUGCGACUUCAGACGACCUCCUUACUACGGAUUUUGGCGUCAAGCAAAGCAGUCAUGACAACUGGCUUUCGGCAUCGACUGGGGAUCGUCAAGGCCCGCAAUUGCUUGAGGACAAUCAUGCCAGAGAGAAGGCAUGUUGCUCCUCCAGAAUUCCUGAGCGAGUCGUGCACGCCAGAGGUGCAGGCGCAUUCGGAUCAUUCAAGCUCUACGAAAGUGCGGAAGAUGUGACCAGUGCUGGUGUGCUCACAGAUACCACUCGAACUACGCCUGUCUUCGUCCGCUUCUCUACUGUCUUGGGAUCGCGUGGAAGUGCAGAUACCGUUCGUGAUGUACGAGGCUUCGCAGUCAAGUUCUACACCGAGGAGGGCAAUUGGGACAUUGUUGGGAAUGACAUUCCGGUUUUCUUCAUCCAGGACGCCAUGAAGUUUCCAGAUGUAAUUCACGCUGGCAAACCCGAACCAGACAACGAGGUCCCGCAAGCGCAAUCCGCUCAUAACAACUUCUGGGAUUUCCAGUUCUUGCAUAGUGAGGCUACGCACAUGUUCAUGUGGGCCAUGAGCGAUCGAGGAAUCCCUAGAUCAUAUCGUAUGAUGCAAGGUUUCGGUGUAAACACCUAUACCUUGAUCAAUGCCGAAGGUGUCCGCUCGUUUGUCAAGUUCCACUUCACUCCCACUCUCGGAGUUCACAGCUUGGUAUGGGACGAGGCUCUCAAGAUUGCCGGCCAAGACCCAGACUUCCACCGUAAAGAUCUCUACACUGCCAUCGACGCCGGUACUUUCCCAUCCUGGAGAUUCGGCAUCCAAGUAUGUCCCGAAAGCCGCCAAGACGAUUUCGACUUCGACAUUCUCGAUGCUACCAAAGUCUGGCCGGAGGAAAUUUUCCCAGUCAGAUACAUCGGCGAGUUGCAGCUCAACAAGAACGUUGACGAAUACUUCCCUCAGACAGAACAAGUCGCUUUCUGCACCGCCCACGUCGUUCCCGGAAUUGGCUUUUCAGAUGAUCCAUUGCUCCAAGGACGUAAUUUCUCUUACUUCGAUACUCAGCUCUCUCGCCUCGGCGUUAAUUGGCAGGAGAUUCCCAUCAACCGCCCCGUCUGCCCAGUCAUGAACAAUAAUCGCGACGGCCAGCACCGCCAAACAAUUCACAAAGGCAAAAUGAACUACUGGCCUAACCGACACUCCGUCAUCCCACCUGCCACCGCAGCACAAGGCGCCUACAUCGACUACCCCGAAAAAAUUGUGGCCAUGAAACAACGUCUUCUCUCGGUGAAGUUUAGCGAGCAUUUCGCCCAAGCCCAGACUUUCUGGAACUCGGUCACCCCAAUUGAGCAAGCGCACAUCAUCGCUGCCCUCUCCUUUGAGCUUGAUCACUGCGACGACCCUAUUGUUUACGAACGCAUGGCUACCCGCCUGGCCGAUAUCUCACUCGAUCUCGCACAAGCCGUAGCUGAGAAAGUCGGCGCACCGAUUCCUACCAAGGCCGGCCGGCCCAAUCACGGUCUCACUAUGAAAGGGCUUUCCCAGUUCGAUUUCACACCCGAAGCUCAAGGUCUCUCCCCCACAAUCGCUACCCGCAACAUCGCCAUCAUGGUUGCAGAUGGCUUUAGCUACACUGAGUACAUUGCUGUAAAAAGCUCGUUGGCGGCAGCUGGCGCGUUGAUGUUCACAAUCGGCCCUAAGCGCAGCCCGGUCAAGAGCCAAGAAGGCAAGACCGUCACGCCAGAACAUCAUUUUGAGGGUAUGCGCUCCACGCUGUUCGACGCCCUCUACAUUCCUGGUGGAUCACACGUCCCCGCCCUCGCGAAGCAAGGCCGGGUUGUUCACUGGAUCCGCGAAUCUUUCGGACACUGCAAGGCCAUUGGAGCUACAGGCGAAGCUGUAGGUCUGGUCAGAACAGCUGUAGGCAUCGAGGGCAUGAAUUUUGCAACGGGAAAUGAAGACGAUGGCGUAGUUGACUGCUUUGGCGUUGUGACCGCUGGCGGAGUGGGAAGUGGCGAGGGGAUCGUGAAGAUGGUCAAAGGGGCAAAGGGCUUCUUGGAUGCGUUCGCGUUCAAUGUUAGCCAGCAUCGGUGCUUUUCGCGGGAGUUGGAGGGUCUGACUGCUAUGGUAGCAUAUUAG